CCCCCUCUCCAGUCACCAAUGUGAAAAAAGGGAAGAUUGCAAAAAACAGUAUCUCUUUGUCUUGGCAAGAGCCGGAUCGCCCCAAUGGAAUCAUCUUGGAGUAUGAAAUCAAAUAUUUUGAAAAGGAUCAAGAGACCAGCUACACAAUUAUCAAAUCUAAAGAGACAACUAUUACUGCAGAGGGUUUGAAACCAGGUUCAGUGUACGUCUUCCAAAUCCGAGCACGCACAGCAGCAGGCUAUGGUGUCUUCAGUCGAAGAUUUGAGUUUGAAACCACCCCAGUGUUUGCAGCAUCUAGCGAUCAAAGCCAGAUUCCUAUAAUUGCUGUGUCGGUGACAGUGGGAGUCAUUUUGUUGGCAGUAGUUAUUGGCUUCCUCCUCAGUGGAAGUUGCUGCGAGUGUGGCUGUGGGAGGGCUUCUUCCCUGUGCGCUGUUGCCCAUCCAAGCCUAAUAUGGAGGUGUGGCUACAGCAAAGCAAAACAAGACCCAGAAGAGGAAAAGAUGCAUUUUCAUAACGGGCACAUUAAACUGCCAGGAGUAAGAACCUACAUUGAUCCACAUACCUAUGAGGAUCCCAAUCAAGCUGUCCAUGAAUUUGCCAAGGAGAUAGAAGCUUCGUGUAUCACCAUUGAAAGAGUUAUUGGAGCAGGUGAAUUUGGAGAAGUUUGUAGUGGACGUUUGAAACUACCAGGAAAAAGAGAAUUACCUGUGGCUAUCAAAACACUCAAAGUAGGCUACACUGAAAAGCAACGCAGAGAUUUCCUAGGUGAAGCAAGUAUCAUGGGGCAGUUUGAUCAUCCUAAUAUCAUCCAUCUAGAAGGUGUCGUGACCAAAAGUAAACCUGUGAUGAUCGUGACAGAGUAUAUGGAGAAUGGCUCUUUAGACACAUUCUUAAAGAAAAACGAUGGGCAGUUCACUGUGAUUCAGCUUGUUGGCAUGCUGAGAGGCAUCGCUGCAGGAAUGAAGUACCUUUCUGACAUGGGAUAUGUGCAUAGAGACCUUGCUGCUAGAAACAUCUUAAUCAACAGUAACCUUGUGUGCAAAGUGUCUGACUUUGGACUUUCCAGGGUCCUGGAAGAUGAUCCUGAGGCAGCCUACACUACAAGGGGUGGCAAAAUUCCAAUCAGAUGGACUGCCCCAGAAGCAAUAGCUUUCCGCAAGUUCACCUCAGCCAGUGAUGUCUGGAGCUAUGGAAUAGUAAUGUGGGAAGUUGUGUCUUACGGAGAGAGACCCUACUGGGAGAUGACCAAUCAAGAUGUGAUUAAAGCAGUAGAGGAAGGCUACCGUCUGCCAAGCCCCAUGGAUUGUCCUGCUGCUCUCUAUCAAUUAAUGCUGGAUUGCUGGCAGAAAGACCGAAAUAGCAGGCCCAAGUUUGAUGAAAUAGUCAACUUGUUGGAUAAGCUGAUACGCAACCCAAGUAGUUUGAAGACACUGGUUAAUGCAUCAAGCAGAGUAUCUAAUUUGUUGGCAGAGCAUGGGCCUUUAGGAUCUGGGGCCUACAGAUCAGUAGGCGAAUGGCUAGAAGCAAUCAAGAUGGGCCGGUAUACAGAGAUUUUCAUGGAAAAUGGAUACAGUUCAAUGGAUGCGGUGGCUCAGGUGACCUUGGAGGAUUUGAGGCGGCUUGGAGUGACUCUUGUCGGUCACCAGAAGAAGAUUAUGAACAGCCUUCAAGAAAUGAAGGUGCAGCUGAUUAACGGAAUGGUGCCAUUGUAACUUCCACUAUGUCACUCCUUCAAGUGAAUGAUUCUGCACUUUGUAAACAACCCUGAGAUUAAUUUUAACAAAAAAGGGGAAAAAGGGAAAACAGUGAUUUCUAAACCUCAGGCACAAAAUUGCUAUUCAGUGUUUUACUAAAAUCUCCACAUCUUCCUUUGUCUUCAUUUUUCAUGAAGCUUCUACAACCUGCAUAGAAUGAGAACAUGAUGUUAAAUGUCCUUAUGAUACAACACCAAAAUCCUUCUUGCUACUUCCACUAAAUUUUGUACAUGAAAUAUAUAAACACAUAGCACCUUUAUAGACUGAAUUAAGGCAGCCCCUUUCAAAACUUCCAGGAAUCUACUUGAAAGGAAAAGUUUUAUAGCCAUUUGUGGGCUAAGAAAAGCUACAGUUUACUGAAGUUUACUUCAAGUCUUAAUUGUCUACAUAAGUGUAUUGAAGAGCAAUAUUAUUAGCUUAUUUCUUAAUACAUAUUUUCUUUUGUAAUUUUAAAAUGCUAUUUACAUGGUGUUAAGUUAUAGAAACUAGUAUAUACACAUGUUGCUUGAUCAAGGAAAAAGUACAAUACAAGGUGUAUAUGUAUUUUUCUGUGUUCUAAAAUUCAUUUUUAGUUGCUCUUCUAGAGACUAUUAGGAAACAAAUGUGUACAUACUGUGUGUUUUAUAAUAUACCCAGGAACUGAGUUAAGAUGGACUGUGAGUGUGUGUGUGUGUGUGUGUGCUUGCACAUGUAUACAUUGUCAUUUUGCUUGCAUUUUUAAUAGUGUUUUAAUUUCGGCAACACAUAGGACAAGUGUUUCAGAGUAUAAUAUGAAUAAGAGAAAUAGGGAAGAGUAAAACAAAAUGUAACAUAAGCUGGUGUCUCUUUUCUCUCGUGUCCAAAUACUACUAAUCUCUUUAUUCACUAACAGGAAAUGUCUAUAAGAUUAAAUCCCCUUGGGCUGCUUAAAAACACUUUGUGAUAUCUGUGACAGUGCAGUUCUUCUAGCCAUUAAUCUUGUGCCCCUGUAAGAAAUUUCACCUUUCUGAGUCUCAGAAAAUAUCUUGUCAAGCAAAGUUGACACCAAAGGGCACAUUUUUAGCAGGAUGUAGAAGGAUUUAACUGUGCUGACUUCUGUUAAUGUUGUUAAAUCCAGGCACAAAGCACUAAGCAUCACCCUUCAGUGUUAAUCCUUUGCAACCAUUUCCAUUGCAUCUCAUUUCUAGAAUUUUUGAUACUAAGGAAGCAAUGGAAUGAAGUAAUGUAGUUACAUAU